AUGACGAAUUAUAAGAGAGUUACGUCAACUAUUGUAAUGGACUCGUCGAUUUCACGUGGGGUGGACGCAAUUCUUGGACAGCAGAAAGAGGAUGGUCACUGGAUCUACGAACUGGAAGCCAACGUAACUUUUCCAUCACAGUAUAUCCUACUCCUUCACUACCUCGGCGAAACACCUGAAACCACCAUCGAGCGGAAACUCGCUCGAUACAUACGACGCCAUCAACUCCAGGACGGAGGCUGGCCGCUGUACACCGAUGGACCAAUGGACAUCAGCCCGAGCGUGCAUGCCUACUUCGCUCUCAAGAUGGCUGGCGACUCGCCAGACGCCGAGCACAUGGUGCGCGCCCGCCGAGCCAUCCUUGCGGCGGGUGGCGCCGAGGCGGCUAGCGUCUUCACACGCAUCCAUCUCGCAUUAUUCGGCGUCUUGACGUGGGACGCAGUUCCAAUAAUGCCAAUCGAGAUCAUGAAGCUGCCCAAGUGGUUUCCGUUCCACCUCUCAAAACUCGCGUACUGGGCUCGCUGCACUAUGGUUCCUCUUCUCGUGAUCAUGGUCAAACGCCCGGUUGCACGCCGCAGUGUCCGCAUCGACGAACUGUUCAACACUUUGCCGGAAACCGUGGGGCUGACAUCGCGCGCACCCCAUCAAAACAUCGGCUGGUUCGAAUUCUUCCGCGGUCUUGAUGUCGUGUUGCGUCGUAUCCAUCCGCUCAUGCCGCCAGGGUUACAACAACGAGCGACAGACAUGGCGGUCGCCUUCGUCGACGAACGACUAAAUGGCGAGGAUGGUCUCGGUGCCAUCAUCCCGGCGAUUUUCUAUUCAAUCAUCAUGUAUGACACACUCGGCAAUCGUACAUCCCGUGACAUCGCCCGCGGCGCACUUGAUCGCCUCCUAAUAAUCCGGGGUGAUGAGGCGUACUGUCAGACAGUUAUGUCGGCGACGUGGGACACUGUGCUUGCUGCGUGGGCGCUCCUCGAGACCCGCACGCCACGGGCCGAAGAAGCGGCGAAGCGUGGGCUACAUUGGCUGCGCCGACGACAAAUCUUGGACGUGCGGGGUGACUGGAUUUCACAGCGGCCCAAACUACGUCCUGGCGGAUGGGCUUUCUAUUACAAUUGCCCGUACUACCCAGACGUGGACGAUACCGCAGUUAUCGCCAUGGCCAUGCACCACGCGGACCCCAAAGCGUUCGCGGAGUCCAUCGCCCGCGCUCGCGACUGGGUAGUCGGCAUGCAGAGCAAAAACGGCGGGUGGGGGUCGUACGACGCGGACAACACGCACCUCCACCUGAACAACAUCCCUUUCUCGGACCACGGCGCCUUGCUGGACCCCCCGACGGCUGACGUCACAGCGCGAUGCUUGUCGAUGAUGUGUCAGUUGGGCGUGCCACCGACCGAAAGUAAGGCUGCACUCAGAGCUUUCAAAUUUGUGUCGGAUAGCCAGGAGAAAGACGGGAGCUGGCUAGGGGACUGGGGUGUCAAUUACAUUUACGGCACGUGGUCGGCAUUGAGCGGGUUGAACGCGGCAGGGCUUGCGCACGACGAUCCAAGGAUCCAAAGGGCUGUAGGGUGGCUCCUUGCCGUGCAGAAUGGGGAUGGAGGGUGGGGCGAGAGCGCGUCUAGUUACGAGUUCGAAUAUGCUAGGUACGUACCUGCUCCGAGCACCGCGACGCAGACUGCUUGGGCACUCCUGGGGUUGAUGGCGGCCGGUGAAGUGGAGAAUACGGCGGUGAGGCGUGGGGUGACAUGGCUUCUGGAGAGGCAACAGGAACAUGGAUUAUGGGAUGAGGCGCUGUAUACUGGCACCGCGUUCCCGCGUGUGUUGUACCUCCGUUACCACGGUUAUGCCAGGUACUUCCCAUUGUGGGCUUUGGCUAGGUAUCGUGACCUGACAUCGAGUAACAGACAUCGCGUAACGCUUGGGAUGUGA